AGUUGUUGUCAGUCUCAAGACUUUCCAGACUAAUAAAACCACCAAUAUACCACCACACCCCCGCUGGCCCCCCACUGAAGCCGGGUCCAGGUCCCAGGAUGGCUCACUGGUUCCACAGAAACCCGCUGAAGGCGACGGCGCCGGUUUCCUUCAGCUACUACGGAGUGGCAGGAAGUCCUGCUGCCAACAAGAUCUGCAAUGACCUGAGGACAACCAGGGCAAGACUGUUGGAAAUGUUCACCGAUGUCACCUGUAACCCAGAGAUCUUGAAGAGUGCUACCGAUGCGUACUUCUCUCUGCUGCAAGGCUUUAUCGCCUCCCUGGAUGGAACUACACAGGAGAACAAGAUGAGAUUCAUCCAGAACUUCAAGUGGACUGACACCCUACAAGGAAACAAACCAAGUGCCCAGCAGGAUGCCGUCUUUGAACUGGUCUCCAUGGCCUUCAACGUUGCCCUCUGGUACACCAAGUUUGCCUCAAGACUAGCUGGGAAGGAAAACAUAACAGAGGCUGAAGCCAAAGAUGUUCACAGGAGCUUGAAGGUUGCUGCUGGAAUCUUCAAAAAUCUCAAGGAGGCCCACAUUCCUCGCCUCAUCACCCCUGCGGAAAAGGGCAGAGAUCUGGAGCCCAGAGUGAUCGAUGCCUACAUCAUCCAGAGUCAAGCAGAGGCUCAGGAAGUAACGAUUGCCAGAGCGAUCGAACUGAAGCACAACGCUUCGCUCAUUGCAGCUUUGGCGUUUGAGACGGCAAACUUCUAUCAAAAAGCUGAUCACACGCUCAACACUCUGGAUCCGGAGUACAGCAGCAAGUGGAGGAAGUAUCUUCAGCUGAAGCAGCACUUUUACAUGGCUUAUGCGUACUGCUAUCACGGACAAACACUGCUGGCGAGUGACAAGUGUGGCGAAGCCAUAAGAUCCCUGCAGGAGGCAGAAAAGUGUUACUCGCGUGCCGAGGCGCUGUGUAAAGAGUACCGUCACACCAACGGCCCGGGGAGCACGGCCAAGCCGUCGGAGCAGCUGUUCUUCCUCAAACUGGGCGGCCUCAUCAAAAACACGCUGGAGAAGUGCCAGAGGGAGAACGGCUUCAUAUACUUCCACAAGGUCCCGGUGGAGGCGCCCCAGCUGGAGCUGAAGGCCAGCUACGGCCUGGCCGAGCCCACGGCCUUCGAGCUGCCGCCCGUCAGCGAGCAGUGCACCGCCGACACCUACGCCACCUUCGAUCUGACCAAGGGAGCCAAAAACGAGAAGCAGGCCAAGGACGAGGAGGUGAAGCCCGUGAAGGAGCCAGACUUGAAGCCUGAGAAGGACACGGGCUGCGUGGUCUCCUAAACCCCCCACGCGUUCCCCGUUCAGCCUUACGCUCCACUACGGACGGCAUCCAUGUUCAAUCCUCCAGAGGAUUUAAUAUGAUUAUUAUUAUCAUUAAUAUUAUUAUUAUUAUUAUUUGCAGUAUCUGUCAAUGGUGUUUUUACAUUCAUUCUGGAAAAUGUACAAUGUAUUUGCAUAUGAGACAUCAUCGUGGCAUCUAUUUCUCACGUGAACUCUGCCGCUGGUAUUUCACCCCUCCUCCUCUCCUGCUGCCCUCCGCCCGUCCACAUGUUCAGUACCCCCUUCUCUCUGCGAAAAUGGCCCGUUUUGCUGAGUUGUGUUCGAUAUGUGCAGCAUUUACAGUGUAGCACGCGUCUCCGGCAGAACCGGAGCCACUCGGACGCUGUUUCCCCAGAGAGGCGUCGCUCCGUCCUGAGCUGAGCUCCGUGACGGGCGGCAAUUCUACCUAAAACCAGACAGAGUUGUUCUUUUCUCCUGCAUACCAGAGUGGUGAGCUGCUGCUGCUGCUGGAAGAUCCCCGUUACGAGCACUCGUGAGCCGAUGAAUCAGAAGGGUGAGCUCACGUUCACAGAAACAGGUUCAUGUGAGAAGGAUAUGGUUUAAAACCAGGACAUACUGGUAAAUAUAAGCCUUAUAGGUGACGGUUUCAUCGGUGGUGCGUUUGGUUUUUAAAGCUUUUUCCUGACUACACACGAGCUAAAGGGGACUUUCUCUGAUUGAGAGCCUCAGACAAACCUUGUCACUUUGUUUGAGGCUACCUACGUCUGUCAUGUACAGGACUGUCUCAGAAAAUUAGAAUAAUGUGAUUUUCUGUAAUGCAAUUACAAAAACAAAAAUGUCAUACAUUCUGGAUUCAUAACAAAUCAACUGAAAUAUUG